GUUUGUUGCCGCCACAUUUAAAAAGGAAGGCGCUACGCGCCUACGCCAUCCAUCCAGAACCCAAAUCCAUCAAGCAACUACGCCUGUUUUCACGUCCAUUCCCUCCCUGAUUCUGAUCGUCGAUGGUCCACCACCAUCGGGCGAGCCUGCUGGCGCCCCAGCAGCGCAAGGUCGAGGCGGCGGCGGAGGACCCGGAGCAGGGCGGCGGCGGCAGGAUGAAGGAGCUCCGGCGCCGCCUGGCGGACUACGCCUGCCACCACCACCGGAAGCACGGCCACGACGCGCUGCUCCGCAUGCUCGCGGGCUUCGCGCUCGCCUCCUGCCUCCUGCUGCUGCUCCCGGGCAGCCCCAUCGUCUCCGGCGCCAUGGACGAGCUGCUGCAGCUCGGGAGGAGGGUGCGCCGCGACCAGGAGGCGGCGCCGCCGUGCGCUGCUGACGACGUCGCCGACGGCACCGUCUGCUGCGACCGCUCGUCGCACCGCACCGACGUCUGCGUCAUGCGCGGGGACGUCCGCACCCAGGCCGCCUCCAACUCGCUCUUCCUGCUCGUGCCGCCAAACGCGUCAUCCCGGGCCGCCGCCGCCGCCGACGAGCGCAUCCGGCCGUACACGCGCAAGUGGGAGUCCGGCAUCAUGAGCACCGUCGACGAGCUCCGCCUCCGCUCCGCGCCCGAGGGGGACGCCGCCGCGCCCGCCCGCUGCGACGUCCGCCACGGCGUCCCCGCCGUCGUCUUCUCCACCGGCGGCUACACCGGCAACGUGUACCACGAGUUCAACGACGGGAUCAUCCCGCUCUACAUCACCGCGCGCCGCUACAACAAGAAGGUUGUCUUCGUCAUGCUCGAGUACCACGACUGGUGGAUGACCAAGUACGGCCACAUCGUGGAGCAGCUCUCCGACUACCCUCCCGUCGAUUUCGCCAACGACCGCCGCACGCACUGCUUCCCGGAGGCCGUCGUUGGUCUGCGCAUCCACGACGAGCUCGCCAUCGACGCCGCGCGGACGCCAGCCAACCAGACAAUCCAGGAUUUCCGCCAGAUGCUUGACGACGCUCACCGUGGCCGCAUCCAGACAAUCAUUGAGGAGGAGGAGAAGGAAGCCGUCGCUGCUGCUGCUGCUGCUGCGGCGGCGGCGGCGGCGGCGAGGAAGCAGCAACACCGCGGCAGCCAGAGGAUCCGACGCACCAGGACGGCCGAGGACGACGACAGCCCACGGCUCGUGAUCGUCUCCCGGAACGGGUCGCGCGCGAUCGAGAACGAGGCCGAGCUGGUGCGAGCCGCGGCGGGCGCCGGGUUCCGCGUCUCCGUGCUCCAGCCGCGCCCGGACACGGAGCUUGCCAAGAUGUACCGCGCCCUGAACGCGUCGGACGUCAUGGUGGGCGUGCACGGCGCGGCCAUGACGCACUUCCUGUUCAUGCGCCCCGGCUCCGUGUUCAUCCAGGUGGUGCCGCUCGGCACGGACUGGGCCGCCGAGACGUACUACGGCGAGCCGGCGCGGCGGCUGGGCCUGCGCUACAUGCCCUACAAGAUCCUGCCAUCCGAGAGCUCGCUCCGCGGGCAGUACGCCAAGGACGACCCCGUGCUGACCGACCCGGACACCGUGAACGCCAAGGGGUGGCAGGUCACCAAGCAGGUUUACCUGGACGGCCAGAACGUACGGCUGGACAUUGCACGGUUCCGCCGCCACCUGCACCGGGCGCGUGACCACUGGGCGACGCGACGCAGGGCCACCGCGCGGACUGGAUCAGGGGCGGAGCAGCGGUAGCGUUUGCGGAUCUUGUUUUCAUUUUUGACAUGGUGAAUGUUGUAUAAAGUAUGACAUAUAGAGAGGGUGGCUGAGAUCUGUUGUACAUGGCAGUAGAUACGUUGAUUUCUUUUUUUUUUUUUACAUUUGGGACACAAACGGAGCUGUUGUGAAGUACAUAACAAGACAACAAUAUCAAUGUAUAUUUUCUCACCCAAA